GGAUCGAAAGAGAACAAAAACAUUGUUUUCAUUUUUUAAGUCAAAGAAUGAUCAGGCUCAGCCAAGUCAUGUUACUCCGGAUACACCUACGUCGUCAACAAAUGAGCAAGACACAAGUAAUGUUGGAAGUAAUAAUCAACAAACUCCGGAUGCUCAACGAAUUGAAGUGGAUAUUACAUCUCUUGAACGAGAUCCGGGAUUACAUAUCCCAAUUUGGAAAUAUCCUUACAAUGAUCGUGAUGAGAUUAAGCGUGCAUACAUAAAGUUAAUUGGGACCAUUUCAACCUACAAUGGACAAAGAAAGGUAUCCAUGUACUGUGUUUGGAAGUCAACGUCGGCGAUUUCAAUGCACUUGGUUCAAGCAAUUUUCAUGGUUGGAAUAUUCAGUUUCGACAGAUGCGGCCUUUUGUUUUCCAUGCUUCUUAUUUGAAAAAGAUACUGCCACACAACAUGCUUUUACCAUUGAUGGGUUUAGGAGUUGGAAAAGAGUUAAUGAUGGUGAAAGAUGUGCAUUUUUGAUUCAUGUUGGAAGUUGUUCUUCGCCAUAUAAUAAAGCAAUGAGUGCUCUGCAUAAUUUCAGGAAUGUUACUGGACAUAUUGAUAAGGUCAUGAAUGCUCAAAUUAUGGAAGAGGUAAAGAAGAACAGAUUGCGCUUAAAAUCAACUAUUGAGGCUGUCCGAUGGUUAAGUUUGCAAGCUUGUGCAUUACGGGGUCAUAAUGAGUCAACAACUUCUCACAACAGAGGUAAUCUUAUUGAGAAGAUCAAACUUAUGGCUAGAAUGAAUGUUGAUAUUGCAAAUGUUGUUUUGGAUAAUGCACCACAAAAUGCUAUUUAUACUUCACCCUUAGUACAAAACGAUGUUUUGCAUAUCCUUGCUUUUAGAGUUCGAAGUGAAAUCCGUGAUGAAGUGGGAAAUUCUAAAUUCUGCAUUUUAGUUGAUGAAGCGAAAGAUGCAUCUAACAAAGAACAAAUGGCUAUUGUUAUUAGGUUUGUUAAUGUUCAUGGUGUCUUGCGUGAGCGUUUUUUUGAUAUUGUGAGUGUAAGUGAUACAACAUCAUCAACGCUUAAAAAGAAAAUAUCUGAUGCUCUUACACAUUAUAACUUGAGCAUUCAAAAUAUGCGAGGUCAAGGAUAUGAUGGUGCAAGUAAUAUGAGGGGUGAAUUUAAUGGUUUGCAAGCUUUGUUUCUUGAAGAGUGUCAAUAUGCUUAUUAUGUUCAUUGUUUUGCACACCGUUUACAACUAGCAUUAGUUGGGGCUGCUCAAAAGCAAGAAUAUUUCUGGGAUUUCUUUUCAAUGUUAAACAAUAUUGCGAACAUUGUUAGUGCUUCUGCUAAACGCCAUUCAGAGUUACACAUUGCACAUGGUAUUGAGAUUGAACAAUCUAUUGCUAGUGGAGAACGUGAGACGGGUAGAGGAGCUAAUCAGGUUGGAACCUUACAAAGAGCUGCAAAUACUAGGUGAGGAUCUCACUUUAAUAGUAUUUGUAGUAUGAUUGAUAAAUAUGGUCCAAUAAUAACUGUGUUAGAAGGAAUUAGCAUUUGUGGCACUGCUUCGGUAUCCAUGCGUGGGGAAGCUAGAGGUUCUUUAAAAGCAUUGAAGUCAUUUAAGUUUUUAUUUGUUCUUCACUUCAUGCAUAAGAUUAUGGGCAUUACAGAUUUACUUUGUUGGGAAUUACAAACUAAAUCAAUUGACAUUUUGAAUGCCAUGGAUUUAGUUGCAACAACAAAAGAAUUGCUUCAUUCUUUGAGAGAUAGUGGCUUUGAUGUUAUCCUUUAUUCUGUCCAGUCAGUUUGUAAGAAAUUUGGCAUUGAUUUCCCAGAUAUGAGUGUUCGAUAUAUGGAUGAUUUUCGGUAUGUUCGACAAAGGGAUGAUUCGUCAGUUGAACAUCAUUAUCAUUAUGAUGUGUUUAACUCUGCAACUGAUUUUCAAUUAGAAGAGUUAAACUAUAAAUUUGAUGAUGUUGCAGUAGAACUUUUAAAGUUAAGUUCAUCUUUAGAACUGAAGAACAGUUUCAGAUUGUUUGAUAUUGAGAAAAUUUGCACCCUUGCUAGCAAAUUUAAUCCUGCUGAUUUUAAUCAACAAGAGUUGUACCACUUACGGCUACAACUUGAGUUUUACAAGGUUGAUGUUAUUAGGUAUGAGAAGUUUCAGAAUUUGUCGACUCUCAGUGAUUUAUGUCUUCAGCUAGUUGACACAACUACCACGGAGCGAGCAUUUUCAGCUAUGAAACUAGUUAAGACCAUUCUUCGAAAUAAAAUGGAAGAUGAGUAUUUGAGAGAUACUAUGGUUCUCAACAUUAAAAGAGAGUAUGCUGAAGAGAUCGAUCCUAAAGGAGUAAUCGACGAAUUCUAUUCUAAAAAAAAUCGACGAGUUCAACUUAA